CUUUUCUUUCGCAUUGUUGGAUUUGCUUUGGCAUUAACAGCUAGUAAAAAUGGAUCCCUCAAUUAUUGAGUUUAUUGGCGAGAAGUCCAUGAUUAGCAUAAUACCCAAUUUCUCCAAUGAACCGCUACAUCUAAUUUAUGGCUCUGUGGGUCCAUUUCGUGCCGGGUUUCCCGUGUAUGUGCCACUGUGGCUGGCGACGCACUUGCGAAAGCAACAAAAGUGCCGCAUUGUGCCGCCAGAAUGGAUGGAGCUGGAAACGCUGGAGGAGAUUAAGGAGGAGGAGAAGCGUUCCAAAUUCUUCACAAAGAUGCCCAGCGAGCAUUACAUGGUGGUGGCCCAGCUGGUCAUGAGCACGGCACCAGAUGAUGUGCCACGUUGCGAGGAGUUGCGCACAAUUAUCAAGGACAUUUUCGACAUACGCGAAUCGAAGCUGCGCACCUCGAUCGAUGCGUUCAUCAAGGGCGAGGGCACCUACGCCAAGCUGGACAAUUUGACGCUGCUGGAAAUACACAGUGUGCGGCCAAUUCUGCCCUAUUCCCUGGAUCACAUAGCGCGCUAUCAAAGAACGGCCACUGCAUCGCAGCGGGAUACUUCCAUGCUGGGAUUGAGCACAACGGGCGGCGGCUCGGGCACGGGCACGGGCACGGGCACGGGCUCCAUGAGCAAUUCCUUUCUCACGCAGUAAUGUUUGACUGUGAUACGUAAGUUUAAGUUAAUCAUAUGUACAAUAAGGUAUAAACAACAAAGGAAGUUAAGGGUUAUGCUUGGCAAGCUCUGUUGAGGUUACAGAGACGGCUUCUUCUGCUGCUGGGGUAGAUUUUGUUCGCUUAAAAAAUAUAUUAAAAUGCAGAUCAAAAUUAGUA